AUGAGCGUCUCCGGGGUCCCCUCCUUCGAGAAGGAGCAUCUUUGGAUGUAUCUGCAGGCACUCGGCUUCGAGCCAGGCCCGGCGACUAUUGCCUCCGGAAAGAUUGUGGCGCUCACGCACUUCGGACCGAGCAUGUUUGACAAGCUGAACCGUGAUGCCUUUCAAGUAGUUUCUUAUUUUUUGUUUCAAAUGCUGGACCAGUCUCUUACCAAGGAAGUUUUCAAAUUUUGCUGGCCUCCAUUUGACCAAAAACGUGAUGCUGAAUUCCGGAAACACUGCUGUGAAUGGUUAAAAAAAAUUUCUGCUGAAUGUGGAGGUAGCUUUCCUCAAGUUGUUGGUUCACUGUUUAUUUCUCCUGGAGGUCCGAAGUUUGUUCAUCUAAUGUAUCAUUUUGCAAGAUAUGUUGCAAUAAAAUAUAUUAAAACCUAUUCUAAAAAUUCUCCUGUACAUUUUACAGAGACAUUUAAUGUAAAGCCACAAGAUUUGCAUAAGUGUAUUGCUAGAUGCCAUGUAGCACGUAACAGAUUUUUCCAAAUUUUGCAAAGACAAGAUUGUGUUACCCGAAAAUAUCAGGAAAAUGCACAAUUAUCAGUUAAGCAAGUACGAGAAAUGAGAGCAGAAUGUAUAGCACUACAAAACCACAUAAAAAAAAUGGAACCCUGUGAUGACCAAAGUAAUCUAGAAGAGAAAGUUCAAAAGGUUCGGUCAUUGUGGGCUUCAGUAAAUGAAACACUCAAGUUUUUGGAAAAAGAGAGAGAAGUUGUUAGUUCAGUCCUUAGUUUUGUUAACCAAUAUUCUUUAGAUGGAACUAAUGUUUCUAUUAAUGUUCCAAAACUCUUACUUGACAAAAUUGAAAAAGAAAUGCAUCAGUUACACAUAGGAAAUGUUUAUGAAGCUGGAAAAUUGAACCUCUUAACAGUUAUUCAGUUAUUAAAUGAAGUCUUGAAAGUAAUGAAAUAUGAACAUUGUCAAGCUGACCAAGCAAGACUGACAAUAGACCUUCACUACCUUGAAAAAGAGACCAGGUUUCAGAGAGAAAGAUUAUCAGAUCUGAAGCAUAUGAGGUAUAAAAUAAAAGAAGAUCUUAUAACUAUAAGACAUUCUAUUCUUGAGAAACAAGGAGAAUGGUAUAAGAAGUGGGGAGAAUUUCUUGGUCUGUCUCCUUUCAGUCUAAUUAAAGGUUGUACUCCAGCUGUGGAUCUUUUACCACCUAUGUCUCCCCUUUCAUUUGAUCCUGCCUCGGAAGAAGUAUAUGCAAAUAGUAUUCUUUUUAAGUAUCCUGCUUCACUUCCAGAUACAACUAAACAAUGUAACCAAAAAAAUGAUUGCAGAAGAGAGGAUGAUACACGGAAAGUUGUAAAUGAGAUAGCCAACAGCCCUGUCUCCCUUCUCUUGCAUUCAGCUUCAUUAUCAGAUGGAAACAAUGUUACACUUCUGGAAAAGGACAUGAAGUUGAGAACUCCCAGAGAGAAAAAUGAAACAAUUUCUGAGAAAACAAUAGUAUUGGAAGUGGAAGACUCCCUGCCAUCAGAUAUUGCAAAGAACACAGACAGUAGUAGUACAAUUGGGGGAUCUCUGUCAGCUAAAAAAUGUGAUCCAUUCCAAGAAGAGCAAGAUCAUCUGGUAGAAGAGGUUGCUAGGACAGUUUUAUCUGAUUCACCAAAGCUCUCUGAAGGAAAAGAAGUAAAAUUAGACGAAUUAAUUAAUUCUCUGGUUUCUAACCCAUUCUUAGCAAGGAACCAAAUUCCUCGAACUCCAGAAAACUUGAUAAGUGAAAUUAGAAGCUCAUGGAGAAAAGCUGUUGAAAUGGAAGCUGACAGAAGUACAGAACCAAUUCAAAUGGAUACUGAAUAUAGAGAAGUUUUGCCAGAAUCCUUACCUGUGUUGCAUAAUCAAACAGAAUUUAGCAUGGCCAGUUUUCUCUCAGCAACCACUGUGUCAGAUUUUACCCAAUCUCAUUUGCCUAAAGAAAAAGUUUUUUCAGAUUGCCUCAAGUGUGUGUCUCAGAAACACAUGGCAGACAGUCACAUAGGUGACCCACCAAUACAGAAUCAGUCAGAUUUGUUAAAUAAGAAAAUAAUUUGCAAGCAAGAUUUGGAAUGUACAGCUUUACAGAACAAGCUUUCAGAAACUAGCCAAAUAGAGACAUUCUCCCCUGCUGUACACAAUAGGAUAGAUGGGAUGGGUGGCAAUAAAGAGGAGUAUGUUGAAAUAUCAGACCACUCGCUAGCUUCUUAUAAAGAACCUUCCAUGCAAAAAACUGCAUUAUGGAACUCUUUUCAAAUAUCAAGUGGAAUUAAUUCUAAGAGUUUUGAAGAUUCUGAUUUUGGCAUAUUAUAUGAAACUUUUCCAGAAGAAAUUGCUCACCUAAGUCUUAAUAGCUCCAAUAAUACAGAGGUCAAUUUUGAACUGGAACGAAAUAGUCCUAUGCAAGGUGGCAUUUUUCCAGAAGAUGUUCUAGGAGAAAUACAGACUACUCCAAAAUCAAAUUUCAAUUUACAAGCUAUUUGCAGUAGAUAUGAGGCUCUGAAAAAAUCCCUUUCCAAGAAAAAGGAAGAAUCUUACCUCUCUUAUCCUGAAAUGCUUGAAAGACACAAACCAGACUUGAGUCUUACUCCCAAUAACAUGCAAACAGAUAAUAUGUUUAAUUUUUUGGACACUCAUGACUCAUACACUGACUAUACAAAGUCAUCUUUAUGCAUGUCUCUUGGUGAAAGAAAACGUUCUCUUUCACCACUCAUUACAUUUUCUCCAGAGGAGCAAAGAUUGAGGACCACAAUACCAUGUAGUUUUGGAGAAUUUUUACCUAAUUUAAAAGAAGAAGAAAUCCAGAAUAAGAGUCUUGAUGCAGAAAAAUCUCCGUCUGACUUGAAAAGCUAA